AUGCACCAAAGGCCCUCCGUUUCAUCACCAGAACCAGCCCCCGUGGCGCUGGAAGAGAACAGCAGCGGCGUGGAGCUCACGCCGAUGAAGAAGAAACACCAUGUGAAGUGGCAAAAACUUUAUAUAGCUUUACGCAUCAUCAGGGCCUUCUCUCAAGCAAUCAAGUAUGAUGCAUUACUCAGAACGUUUUCACGCUCUCGUUCUUACACGGCAAUUGAUGUCGACCCGGGGAUCGACGGAUCGAGGCUCGCUAAGCUCGUGAGAGAGAGAAACCAUGACUAUCUGGAGGAGCUUGGACGGGUUCAAGGGCUGGCAUGUAAACUCGAAACUGAUGUCAGUAAGGGGAUUAAGGCUGGCACUGAAGCCAUUUCCAUCCGGCGGCGGACUUUUGGCCCGAACACAAUUCAGUUUCCAUCUUCAAAGAUGUUAGGGAUUGUGCUGGAAACCUUUAAAGACCCAAUCCUUGUUGUACUACUCCUGGUUGCUUCGCUUUCCUUGGUGGCUACAAUUUCAUUCAGCAAUAUCUGGCCAACAAGACAAUUCCACGCGCUCUCCGAGUCCAACAUCCACACGACUACUUGUGUCGUAAGAGACAACAGGGAGCAACAGAUUCCAGCAAGUGAAGCUGUGGUAGGAGAUCUUGUUCACUUGAAGAUUGGAGAUCGAGUUCCAGCAGAUGGGUUGUACAUACUAGGGGAAUCAUUUCGAGUAAAUGAAUCCAUCGCCACUGUGGACAUUUCUCCCAAUGACGGUAACCCCUUCUUGUUGGCUGGAAGCAAAGUCACAAAAGGUAGUGCUCGAAUGCUUGUCACAGCAGUAGGCAUGGAAACAAAACGGGCUGAGAUCAUGAGCUCGAUAUGCCCUACUGAAGAUAAGACACCUUUACAAGUGAAGCUACAUAAGCUGACCCAUAAUAUAGCUAUGAUUGGAUUAGCUGUUGCGUCAACUGUCCUCAUGAUACAGCUGGUCAAAUACUUUACAGGGAACAUGAAGAGUAGCAUUGGAGCAGUUGAUUAUAGAGCACACAAGACCAUCGAUCAAGUCUGCAAGGACAUCAUCGGGAUCCUAGUCAUGCCAAUAGUGAUUGCAACGAGUGCCAUUCCAGAAGGUUUACUACUCGCGGCCACAAUAACUCUUGCAUAUUCAACCAAGAGAAUGGCAGCUGAAAAGGCACUGGUCAGAAACCUUGCAGCCUGUGAGGCAAUUGGAUCGAUUAAAGUAAUCUGUAUCGACAGGAGUGUUGCCAUUUCGUCCAGUCCACCCUUGGUGAAAGAGUUCUGGCUGGGCCAGGUGAGGUUUGAGCAGAAACCCCCACUGAGAGCAGUUCUGGAACUACUGCAUGAAGGAAUAUGGCUGAAUACCUCUGAAGCUCCGUCUGAUCUCGGCGAGCUCCAAACUCAUAAGGCAAUUUGCAGUUGGGCAAGUCAAGAACUGGGGAUGAAUCUGGAACAGCUGAAGGAAAAUUGUAGGGUGCUCGAUAUUGAAAACUUCGACCAACAGAAGAAAGAUGACUGCAUUUGGAUACGAAGAAACGGUGAUGACAGGAUGCACAUCCACAUGAAAGGAUCAAUGGAUGAGAUUCUGGCUCUUUGCUCUGAAUAUUACAAAGAAGAUGGGGUAAUCAAAUAUAUCAGUGAAGCUGCAAGGGAAACAUUCAAGAAUAUUGAACAGCGGAUGAAGGAUAAUGGCCUCAAAUGCAUAGCAUAUGCACAUGCUGCUGUUUCGGGAGACCUUCAAGAUGACGGUGAAAAAAACUUUCAUCCAGGGCUCGUCCAAGAAAGUUUCACUUUGAUAGGGUUUUUCGGCAUAAGGGAACUGUUUCCGGACGAUAUAAUAAAUUUUGUUAAAGAAUGCCAAGAAGCCGGAGUAUAUGUCAAAAUGAUCACAACAGAAGAUGUCCAGAAGGCACAGAUAUCCGCUCUAAGAUGUGGCAUAUUCAGUUCUUAUCAAACAGCAGUCACAGAUGACAUCAUUGAAGGCAGAGAAUUUAGAAGCUUUACUGAUCAAGAGAGGUCGGAAAAGGCAAAGAAGUGUAGUGUGAUUGCUGGAGCCUCUACAUCGGACAAGCUUCUGCUGGUAAAAUGCCUGAAAGAUUCUGGCCAUGUAGUAGGAGUUAUUGGAGGCUGCCCAGGCGAUGAAAAUCUCUUUGAAGAAGCUGACGUGGGUUUCUAUAUCGGGAUACAAGAAUCUCACUCCAUCAAGGAAAAGUCGGAUAUUAUCAUUGCGGGUGAUAGUUUUGACCCUAUAGCAAAAGCUAUGAAGUGGGGAAGAGGCAUAUACAACAACAUCCAGAUAUAUGCACAAUUCCAGCUCACAGCUACAAUGGCCUCUCUGGUAACAGACUCUAUAACUGUAAUUUUCUCAGGAGAACCCCCAGAAAUCAACAUCGUUACAUCCAUUUCAUCUGGUAAGAUUCCAUACGCAGCUCUCCAACUACUUUGGGUGAAGUUGGCAGUAGGCACAUUAGUUGUUGUAGCUCUUUCAGUUGAUAAUCCUGCUGAAACCCUUAUGCAAAAGAUGCCUGUGGAAAAAAGGGAACCAUUUAUAACCAACAUAAUGUGGAGGGACAUCAUAGGACAAGCUCUAUGCCAAAUCAUUAUCUUACUUAUCAUACAGUUUGAGGGAGAAGCAACUUUCAAACUGAGUGAUGGAGAAAAGGAUACUUUGAUUUUCAACAUCGUCGUCCUUUGCCAAAUCUUUGCCAUAUUCAACACAAUGAAGGGGAAGAACAUCUUUGAGAGACUGAAAAAGAAAAGGCUAUUCUGGAUGUUACUAAGCAUGAUAGUUAUUCUGCAGGUUAUUAUGGUGGAGUUUUUGAAAAAGUUUGCACACACAGAGAGGCUCAACUGGAAGCAAUGGCGUGCAUGCAUCGCAAUUGCCAUGAUAUCUUGGUUGGUGGGUUGGUUAUUGAGAAAGAUACCAGUUCGUGAGAAGCCUUACUUGUGCUCUCUAUAG